GGCAGAAGGGACAACGCACAUUGGGGCAGAGUUGACGGAGGAACAGCAAAAAGAGCUGAACUCCCUCCUUCGAGAUUUCGAACAGGUCCUGACCACACAACCGGAUUUUCGGAAGAUCGACGCAAUCUCGCGAUUUGAUGCAUAUCCUAUGCCAUGAGUAAACGAACUGCUGGAGUGGUUGGGCAAGGCCCACUACAUAUCUACACUCGACCUCACCAAAGGCUAUUGGCAGAUUCCCCUGACACCAGCCUCGGAGAGCAAGACCGCGUUUGCCACACCAUUUAGCCUGUUCCAAUUCACCACCAUGCCUUUUGGAUUGAAUGGGGCGGCAGCGACGUUCCAGAGGCUAAUGGACAAGGCACUACAGGAACAUCGUGAAUAUGCGGCUGCAUAUAUCGAUGACAUUGUCAUUUUUAGUGAAACCUGGAUGGAACAUCUGCAGCAUUUGAAGGCGGUCUUCGGGGCGCUGGCCACUGCCAAGCUCAUGGCUAACCCAAGCUUUCCAGACUCCAAAGCUCAUGUGAUCUCUUGGGUGGAGCAAGAUCAAGAGCUGUGUAUCACAAGUCUCCAGUGCUGUGGGGAAGGGGAGAUCAUCAGUGACAACCAUGCAGGUGAAGGCAGUCUGAGUGAGAACCAUGAGAACAGUCUUCAUCAGGAAGGACUAGAGUGAAUGGCUCCAUGUGGGAUUUUGUUGGGAAGAUCUGAAGGGCAUAUUUCUCAGAGUCUGGAAGAAGGAGAGACCUGUGAGAGUCAGUGUAGCCCACAAAAGCAGCAGAGAAACUGUCCAGGAGAGAGACUGGGUAAAUCCAUUCGCAGAAGCAGAAGGUUGAAAACAGAGAAAUGAUUCAACAGAAAAUCCCCUGUCAACAGUUGCCCUGUGCUAGUAAUGACUCUGCAACUUUUAUUAAACAUGGACGAGUCCACCCAGGAGAGAAACCCUUCAAAUGCUCUACCUGUGGGAAAAGCUUCAGUCUGCACUCAAAUCUUCCUGGACAUAGGAGAACCCACACACAAGAGAAACCGUUCACCUGCUCUGACUGUGGGAAAUGCUUCAAUCAGAAGUCACACCUUGUUAGACAUAGGAGAACCCACACACAAGAGAAACCGUUCACCUGCUCUGACUGUGGGAAAUGCUUCAAUCAGAAGUCACACCUUGUUAGACAUAGGAGAACCCACACACAAGAGAAACCGUUCACCUGCUCUGACUGUGGGAAAUGCUUCAAUCAGAAGUCACACCUUGUUAGACAUAGGAGAACCCACACACAAGAGAAACCGUUCACCUGCUCUGACUGUGGGAAAUGCUUCAAUCAGAAGUCACACCUUGUUAGACAUAGGAGAACCCACACACAAGAGAAACCGUUCACCUGCUCUGACUGUGGGAAAUGCUUCAAUCAGAAGUCACACCUUGUUAGACAUAGGAGAACCCACACACAAGAGAAACCGUUCACCUGCUCUGACUGUGGGAAAUGCUUCAAUCAGAAGUCACACCUUGUUAGACAUAGGAGAACUCACACAGGGGAGAAACGCUUUAGCUGCUCGUCCUGUGGGAAAAGCUUCCGUGAAAGUGCAAUCCUCAUUGAACAUAGGAGAACCCACACAGAAGAGAAACCCUUCAGCUGUCUUAACUGUGGGAAAAGCUUCACUGGUGGUCACACCUUGUUAGACAUAGGAGAGCCCACACAGGGGAGAAACCCUGUAGUAGAAGUGGGCCAAAGCUUCUCAAUGGGCAGAAUCCAGCCCAUGUAGGACUUUGAUCCUGCCAGGGAGGCAGUGCUAGGCCCUGUCCUCUAAUGGACAUGUGCUGUGAGGGAAGGUGCUUAGCCCCACCCCUUUCCACUGUGCAGCCACUGGAGAGGAGACAGCACUGGGGCUGAGGCUCCACCACAUGACCUGUGGCUAGCCCUGGGGGGUUGAGGCACUGCUGCCACUGCACCCCUGGCUUCCAAGGCCAGCUCAUGGCCACAGCCAUAGAAUCUCAUGCCUCUUGGGCCACGUGGCUGUGGCAGAGGCACCUUUAGGGCUGUCCUGGGCCUUGUGGCUGCACCAGAAAUGCUUCCGACUUUUGAGGCCGGCCCUGGACUGUGUGGCUGCUGCAGUGUCACUGGAGAUAUUGCUGCAAAGAGGCACGAAGCCAGGUAGUGUUACCCCUCAUCCCCACAGCCUCUUGACUGCAAUCCCCUCAUUACCCUCCCUGCCAAC